CCGCGUGGAGCGAGAGGCGCGCGCGGGCCGUGGGGGCUGGGCCGAGGCGGAUCGCGAGGCGGCGGCGGCGGCGGCGGCGGCGGCAGGAGGCGCCGCGGGACGAGGCAGCGGCCCCCGCCCCCCGAAGUCCGUCCCCGCGCGGGGCUGGGGAGCUCGGGGCGGGGAAGCCGCGGGGCCGCGCCACGUCCCUCGCCCGCCCCAGAGCGGGUUUUGCAGGCGGCUCUAAGCUGGGGGCUUUUGUGUCUGCGACUCGGGAGCGGCGAGAGCGCAGACCUCAUCCUCAGAGGGCGCUGUGAGUGCGCCGCCAGGGUCGGGCCGCCCGCCUCCCGCCUCCCCUGUCAGCGGCUCCUGAGGCGGCGGCGGCGGCGGCGAAGAAGAAGGAGUGGGAGGAGGUGGCGGCGGCGGCGGCGCACUAGUCCUCCGCACACGCCGGCCCCGGGCGGGGGGCCGCCCCCAGGCCGCUCUCCCUCCCGCUCUCCCGCCGCCGCCGCUGAGCCCGGCCGGCCCCAGCACGCCGCCCGGCCGCCCCGAGGCCUCGUCCUCCUCCCAAACUUUGCAAAGUCGGCCCGCGUCCCCACCGCCCUCGACCGCGCCUCGCCUCGGAGGCUCGCCUCGCAGCCGCAGCGGCCCCGCGAGGAGGAGGAGGAGCCGCCGCCGCAGCAUCAAAGAGACCGAAUUCCCGCGGCCUGGGGGGGAGUCAUGCUUUGCGGUCUGUAAUGUCAGCAGAACAGGAGAAGGAUCCCAUUUCGCUGAAGAGAGUUCGAGGUGGUGAUAGCGGACUGGAUGGGUUAGGAGGACCAGGUGUACAACUAGGAAGCCCAGAUAAGAAAAAGCGCAAGACAAAUACCCAGGGGCCUUCUUUUCCUCCAUUGUCUGAGUAUGCUCCACCACCAAAUCCAAACUCUGACCAUCUAGUGGCUGCUAAUCCAUUUGAUGACAACUAUAAUACUAUUUCCUAUAAACCACUACCUUCGUCAAAUCCAUAUCUUGGCCCUGGUUAUCCUGGCUUUGGAGGCUACAGCACAUUCAGAAUGCCACCUCACGUUCCUCCAAGAAUGUCUUCCCCAUACUGUGGUCCUUACUCACUCAGGAAUCAGCCACACCCAUUUCCUCAGAAUCCUUUGGGCAUGGGUUUUAAUCGACCUCAUGCUUUUAAUUUUGGGCCACAUGAUAAUUCGAGUUUUGGAAACCCAUCUUAUAAUAAUGCACUAAGUCAGAAUGUUAACAUGCCUAAUCAACAUUUUAGACAAAAUCCUGCUGAAAACUUCAAUCAGAUUCCUCCACAGAAUGCUAGCCAAAUAUCUAACCCUGACUUGGCAUCUAACUUUGUCCCUGGAAAUAAUUCAAAUUUUAGUUCUCCAUUAGAAUCUAAUCAUUCUUUUAUUCCUCCCCCAAACACUUUUGGGCAAGCAAAAGCACCACCCCCAAAACAAGACUUUAGUCAAGGAGCAACCAAAAACACUAAUCAAAAUUCCUCUGCUCAUCCACCUCACUUAAAUAUGGAUGACACAGUGAAUCAGAGUAAUAUUGAAUUAAAAAAUGUUAAUCGAAACAAUGUCGUAAAUCAAGAGAAUAGCCGUUCGAGUAGCACUGAGGCUACAAACAACAGCCAUGCAAACGGGACACAGAAUAAGCCACGACAACCUAGAGGUGCCGCAGAUACAUGCACCACUGAGAAAAGCAAUAAAGCCUCUCUCCACCCAAGCCGUCAUGGGCAUUCUUCUUCUGACCCAGUGUAUCCUUGUGGAAUUUGUACAAAUGAAGUGAAUGAUGAUCAGGAUGCCAUCUUAUGUGAAGCCUCUUGUCAGAAAUGGUUUCAUCGGAUCUGCACUGGAAUGACUGAAACAGCUUAUGGCCUCCUAACGGCAGAAGCAUCAGCAGUAUGGGGCUGUGAUACCUGUAUGGCUGACAAAGAUGUCCAGUUAAUGCGCACUAGAGAAACUUUUGGUCCCCCUGCAGUGGGCAGUGAUGCUUAAUCACAGGCAUUAACUACAGUGGUUUUUUUCCCCUGUGUAUUACAGAGGUUCAGUGACACAGGAUUUUAAUGUUUUACAUUAUUUUUUUAAAUGCACACACAAAAAAAUUAUUUACCUUUUAGUUUUUAUUAAUACACCACUUCGUUGCUAGUGCAAACUUUGUAUUGUUUUUGUUUGCUAUCUUAAAUAAGAAUAAUGUAUAUGGGGGUGCAUUAGAAAGUAAUAUACAAAUAAAUUUUAGUUUGUAAUCAUGAACAUAAAAGCCUCUUGAAGCUUCAAGAUAAUAUAUAGCAAAUGUAGGCAAGUUUUGACUUUUAAAAGUUAGAAUCAUUGAAAAAUGUAUCAGUUGACCCUUGAACAACACAGGUUUGAACUGCAUGGGCCCACUGAUUUUCAAUAAACACAUGCUAUAGUACUACAUGAUCCACGGUUGAUUAAAUCCCAGGAUGUGGAACCACCGUUUUGGGGGGCUGACUGUAAAGUUGUAUUCAGAUUUUUGACUGUUAGGGGGUCGGCACCCCUAGCCCCCGCGUUGUUCAAGGGUCAAGUGUAUUCCAGUGCUGAACUUUGGCAAUAUCAAAUUAAAUAUUUAGUUCAAAAAAUAUUUGAGGAUCCAUUUAACAUAUUUUCAGAAAGAAUAUAUGUACCUAAAACAUGGAAGAAAGCAUACAUUUUAAUGAGUGUUUUAAAAAAUAAUAGAGUAUGACACCAGAUUCGUCCCAUAUUAGGGUCCUUGAAAUUAGUGACCUUCAUAUUAUCAACUCAGUCUCUCCAGGAUGUCUGUUUGUACAGAUAUGAGACAGAUGUUAGCAUAUAGUAGAUGUUCAAUAAGUAUUUGUUGAUUAACUUGUGGAUUGUGCCACAUGAAAUUGCUAACAUUAGAUCAGUUGAAAAUUGACUACAAUUAGUAGAGUUGUCAUAAAGGAUGUUUUUAGUUGUGCUAUUUAGAAAUAUAACAGUAUUCUCUUCACUCUUCAAUUUGAUUAUUGAGUUGUUUUGUUAUUGUUUUCCAGAGAAAUAAAUAAUACAGUAUCCUCAGAAGAAUUGUGAAUACUUUUCUUAAUAUCAUUUCAAACCAGGGACAUAUUGCAAAUGAGAUAGGUAGAAACAUCAAUUUGGCCUUAGAGGGCUCUGCUGGCAAAAGAGUGGUGGUUUGAAAAAUCUUGUUCUGGAGAUUUGAAAAUUAAAAAUGAGCCUCAGGGGAAUUCAAAAUCCAUUUUAAACAAAGAUCAAUUAAGAGCCAAGAUGAGAGCUUACUCACAGUUCGAGGCCCUUCAGCAGACAGGAGUUUCGGCUGUGACUGGGGAAAAUGUAAAAAUGGGCCUGAGAGUAUUCUCUUGAGAGAUAACAAGAAUGGAGACAGUUGGAGGUGCACUCAUUAAGAUUUGAAACAACAGAAGCCUGUUUUUGGAGCGGAUCAUAAACUGUGACCCAAAAAAAGGAUUCUAUAUGACAAUUGAUAAUAAUUUAUACAAUGGUUGGAUGUUGGUAAAUCUCCCAAACUUGAACCAUCAUUGUGACCAAAAAAGUUCUGAAGACUAUGUGGUGACCUGCAAAAGGGAUAAUUUAAACCUUGGUGAAAUGACAGCAGCAGCAAUAUUGCCAAGAAAUUUAAAUUAUGCAUGAAAAUUUUGAUUAUAGUCCUUUGGUUAAUAAACAUGAACCCACACUUUUACAUGACAGCACUGGUGUCACAUGUCACAAGCCACUAAAGCAAAGUUAAUUGAAUUAUUCAAUUCUGUUGUUUACAGUGUAGUCACCAGAACUUUAUCCAGUGAACUGGUGUAGUUUUCAUCAUUUGGAGAUUUUUCUAAGAAACUUCAUAUUCUCCAAUUGAACAACAGUAAUUGGAGGGUUUGAACAGUUUAUACAGCCUAGCAAAUGAUGAAUUUUAUAAAAAUGAAAUAUUUAAUGUCCUAUUAGAAGAAAACUAUUAAUCCUUGUGAUGUGUAUUUUGAUUGAAUAAAACUUAUUUUUUUAAGUAGUGUUUUAAUUUUGACCUACAGAAACAGCAAUUUCAUAUGGUACAAGGCAAUAUAAGGUUUUCUCCAUUUACCUGUGACUAGUUAGAGAUGAGUACAAGAUAUUUUAAAUAUAGUUGUAAUAGAAAUGUCUUUAUAGUUUUAGGAAAUGAAAUGAUAUAAACUCUAAUACUAGGUACUCCUUUGUGUGAAAACUUUACCAGUUGGAGCAGGUUAAAAUGCAGUAGUUUGGGCUGACUCUUGACAUUUGGUAUGUUCAGUAGCAUCUCGAAGAUCACAUUUUGCUUACAUUGUAGUUUUUGUUAAAGAUACAUAAUUUUCUAAAUGUUUAAGGACCUACUUAUGUUGUUUUUGAAAUCCUAGUGAGUGCGGAUUUUUAAGAUAUGAUGCACUGUAUGCUAUAUGCCUAGUUCUAGCAUCAGAUCAUGGUUUGUUUUUUUUUUUAAUGACUGAAUACAGUUAGGUAGGUACUGAGUAGAACCUUCCAAUGUCUUUAGGAGUUAACACUUUACACGGUAGUACUCAAGUUGUGCUCAUUGCUAAAACUGAUUAUGCAGUUUCUAAAGCCCUCUAUUGCUUACACUUUGAUUACUUGUUUUGUGAAAAUGAAAUAACCUCUCCCAAGUUAGUCUAAAAAUACUUGAUUUAUAAUGUGAUUCUUUUAUUUUCCAUUUCCAAGUAGUUGUUUUUAAAAACUUACAAACAAGUGAAUUUUUAUUCUUGUAUUUAGGUCUUAAGAGCACCUUACUUAAAUACGAAUCUGUUAAAUUUACAGAAGAAAAACCCGUGGUUGAUUCUAACAAUGAAUCGUAGGCAAACUACAAUCAUAGCUGAUGAAUGUUUUCAUGUAUUUGAUUUAAUUUUCUUACUAGUUCCACAUUUGUCUCUACAUAACACUGUCAGAAGUUAUCUAGAGGCUUUUUGGUAGGGAAAGUGAUGAACUAUAAGAAUGGCCAGAUACUAAUUUGCCUAACGUGACUCAAAGAAGGCUAUGAUACAAAUCGAUAUGGCUUUCUUAAGACAAGUGACGAGCUGCCCUAAACAUUUAAAAAGUAUUCAGUGAGGGAAACAAAUGCACAGAGGUGGCAUAAUCUUCCAGUAGCAUCGCACCUUUUUUGGUGUAAUCCUUUUCCAUCACUGAAAGGCCUCAUCUCACAUGCACACAUAUACACAAAGACACACAUACAUGCAAUUGAGCAGGAAAUCUUGGGGUUUCUCCUACAUUCUCAAGUUUUGCCAAAGUUCAACCUGGCUGUCAGCAGCUAGGCUCUCUCACCAAGGCUAGGUUACUAGAAAGUUUUAAAGUGUCAGUUCCUUUCUCAGAACUUGCUUUGUUCAUUUCACUAGAGAAUUCCCGAUCCACUUGCUUCUAGAUGCUACUGGACUCCCUAAUGCAGGAACAGCUUAGCUUGCUAGAGAAAAAUAAAUUAUUCUUCAGAUAGAGUGCUUGGAAUUAGAUUUGUGAUCCAUGUUUUCCUUUCGUGUGAAAUACUGUAGCAUACUGCUAUUAUGAUUCUUGUUAUCCAGACUAGAAGAUUAUGUACAUAAAACUGAAGGUUUUCUUGUACUAGUGCUUAUUCUUCAUAGAUGAACACAAUAUAAAGAAAACCAAUUUGUGUGUGUGUGUGUGUGUGUGUGUGUGUGUGUGUGUGUGUUUAGACUCCCAACUCUGCCUAGUGGUAGGAAAAAAACUUCAAUAAUAGGUUACCCUGAAAUCUGCUGACUUUAAUCAUCCAGAUAAAAUAUCAGGAGUUUUCUUCUAAUAUUCUUUUACAUUUGUUUGUCUUGAACAAACUGAGUGCUAGUACUUAUUGUCCAACAUACUAUAGUAAUUGUAUGUAAUAGUAAAAUAUAUAUAUAAGCAAUGAUUUUUAAAGGGAGCUCGAGAGUUUUUGGAUUUCUUUUUUGCAGUGUAUAAAGGUUUCAUAUGCAUGAACAUUUGUGCUAUUUAAGAUUUUUUUAAUUAAAAAAAAGUUUAAUUAAAAGCAUCCAGAUUCCCAAAGUUCAUUUGUAAAUAGUGGUUUAGAACUCUGUAUAAGAUGAUUAGAUCCUUAGGGAAGCUCAUAAAGGCUUAUUUACACCAUCAUGUAGUUAACAACAGUAUUGUAUCAUACUGAGUGCUCAGUCCUCUUUAGGGAAUCAAUCAAUGUAGGAAGGAGAAAGUAGCAGAGGUCUUUCCUUUUUCCUGAUUUGGUUCAGGAAGGUUGAGUUGUUUGGUGUGUUUCCCAGUUGCCCUCUUCCCAUCCUAAACUCUCAAGUGGAAUGCUGUAUAAACCAACUUGCCUUUUGCCUUCCUGGAUGCUCUGUACUUCAAAAUUUCAUAUCUUUCCUCUAAUCAGAAUUCUCAUUUCUUUAUUGGCUGUGGUUGGCUAGAUUUUAAGGGGACAGUCUUUUGCAGCAAGAUUUUAACAAAGAUAAUGAAGUGAGAUUAAAUAUCUCUUUUUUUAAAGACUUUAUUCAGAAUGAAUUUUUAAUAUCUUUGAUUUCAGACAAUAUGACCACAUUUAAGCACCAUGGAAAGCAGUAUUUUUAUCAAAUUGACUGACAGGUUCUUGAGAGUACUUCCCAAUCUCCUUUAGAUUGUGGAGACUUUUAACAAUUUCUUUUCCUCUACUUCUGAACUCAGAGAUUUUCUUCUCAUUUCCAAAUUUUAGCAACUUCCCCCUUUUCUCUAUUCCAUUUAUCCGAUAAAGCAGUAUAGAAGUUAUAUCUGUAAUUUUCCAACUCUUGGUACAGUGAUGGGAGCUUAGAGGCACCCCUGGAGUAAAGGGACUGGGGAUGGGAUUAGUAUCUCCCAAGACAAGUGGUCUAGGGCAAAUAAAGGGAAGAAAGUUUUCAUUGAAGACUUUUAAUGAAACCCAAUGGAUAAGCUUCGUCUUUGUCAUAUUUUGUUGAAACACAUUACUUGUAAUUAUAUUAAAACUUAUUCUAAAUACCUGUACUUUUCUUGUUCUGUAGGUGAUGUAGAUGAUGUUGCUUGUUAGUUAAAAUAUCUUUUAUAAAAGAAAGUCCUGCUUCUUAUCAUGAUGUAUGUGACUUAAAUGACUGUUUCAUAUUAAAACUAUUUCUUCCUUAUGUACUGCUUACAUAUACCUCUUUUUGGGAUAUUAGUUCAGUACUUUUAUACAAAUCUGAGUGUGUUCCACAUUGGUGACAUGUAUUUUUGCAGUAAAUUUUUGUUUUGUUCUUAGAGCAUGUUUAAAGUAACACAUGCGCUAGUGCUGUGAUCUGUGGCAAAAUUACUGUAAUUCAAAUUGGAAAAUAAAAUGUUUCCAGACUUUGUCCAACAUUUAUUCCUAUGGCAAAGGAAAUUACUAUGUAAUACUAAUUAUUUCACAUGCUGGUAUGUUUAAGCUACUCUAUGAAGUAUGUGAGACAUCAAUAUUUAUGGAUUAGUAGAUGGCCUGAUGUCUUUGAAAUGGGAGAGAGGGGUAAAAUUUGGUGUUGGCAAUUCAUAGCACUCAUAAUACAAUAAAUACUUCUUAAAAAUUUGAUCUUCCUCUUACAGUUAUAAUUUACUAAGGAAUUAUCUUAAUUGACAGUGCAUAUUCGAUUUUUUUAGCCCAUACCAUUAAAAUUAUAUAUUAGACUUUGAACUUAUUCUGAUGUCUUCCAACCAAAAAAGAUAUCAUUCACUCCACCAUAACCAAAAUAAGUAGUCAUAUUAAUCUUCAUUUAUUAAUAAACUAUUAAAAUACCAUAAAACUCCUCUAAUUACAAUUUAUAACCACUGAUACAAGACUUGAAUGUUUACUUUGUAUUAUCUGAUGAAAAGAUUUGUUAAUAAAAGUCAUAAUCAAAAUUUUAAAGAAAAAUGUUUAAUCUUGGGAAAAUUUUAAGCUUUUUAGAGGCAUUUAUUUCAGAACAUUAGUUUAAAAGCAUUCUUUUGUCAUUAAACCUUAAGUACCCAAAAGAAGCGUAAUAGAUACUUGGAAAUUUGUAUAUUUGAAAUUACAUGCUUAACAGAAAAAAAAAAGAAUGCUUGUGAGUGCUUAAACUGCAUAUCUUUUAAAAUACUCAAAUUUUUAGACAUCAAUUUAACCUGAAUUAACAAGGUUUUACUAUAUCAGUGAUGUAUAUUACAAGAUUAAUGUCUACCAAUGUUAUGCUAAUGAUCUUUCCAUACAGCAUCAUUUUUGGCAUGGUUGUUGUGGUAUAUUUUGUACAUUUGAUUGUUGGCUGUUGAUAGAAUUGACAUAGCAAUAAAUCUGAUUCAGUUCUUAAACUUUAAAAAAUGCCAGAUACGAUACUGUGUCAUAAUCCCAUUAUACUUUAUUUGAAUGCCCAAUGUUUUCGUGGGUUUCUUUUUUUGUAUUAAAAAUUUAGUUUUACAUGUUAGGGAUUUUUUUUCUGGUAUUUUCAUAUACAGUCUUUUAGAACUGGGUCUGUUUCUAUUUGAAUCAUAGAAAUCGAAAGAAGUAUUCGUAUUAAAUGAUUCAUGAAUUGCUUUGUGGAAAAAUCUGAAUAAAGUAUGAAAUGACUAGGUUA